AUGCCGUCCGUUUCAAGAUCUCGUUCAAGAUCAGUCUCUCCGACGUCGAGAAGAGGACGCUCACCUGUUUCCAGAGGACGGCAAUAUUCCCGUUCAAGAAGCAGAUCAUUAUCAAAUAGUAGGCGAGACCGUUAUGAUUCCCGCGAUCGUGGUAGGUCUUACAGACGCCGCGAUUCCCCAGAUUACAGCAGUUACAGAAGGAAUCGUUCGCGAUCUAUUGACAGAAAGAGAGAUAGACGUCAGUCUCCACCCAGAAGGAAUGGACGACAUUACCGUGAUAAUGAUCCCUUACAACAGCGAAUGACAGAGAUUCAAGGAAUUCGGAUACGUCCUGAAGAAAGCUUUUCAGAAUUUCGUACACGAGUCAGAAACGAACUAAAAACAACCAUUUGGGCACCUUCUCCUCAACGUCCUAGAUCGCUUUCACCAGACGGUAGUAAACGCAGUAGUAAAUCAAAGAAGCAAAAAAGACGACAUGAUACGACUCGACAUAAGAAACAUCGACAUCAUAGCAGUCGUGAAAAGAAAAGAAGAAGACACUCAUCGUCUGAAAGUGACACAGAUAGUGUUUCUUCAAUAGAAUCUGUGGGGAAGACAGAAAAGGAAGAAAAACCUGUAUUGGAGGUCGAUAAAUCGCACCUUGAUCAAGUACAAGAUUUGUGGGUUGAGAAAGAAGUUGAUUUGCCCGAUGAUUUAGCGCCAGUUGGCCCAGUACCGAUGGCAGAAAACGAUAACCCUAAUGAAAGAUCUUACGGUGGUGCUUUGCUUCCAGGUGAAGGCUCAGCUAUGGCAGCUUACGUUCAACAAGGUAAACGUAUUCCUCGUCGUGGUGAAAUUGGUCUAUCAGGUGAUCAGAUUGCAGACUUUGAAAGAGCUGGUUACGUAAUGAGUGGUAGCAGACAUCAACGUAUGAAUGCAGUUCGUCUUCGUAAAGAAAAUCAAGUCAUUUCAGCGGAAGAGAAGCGUAUGGUUUUACAGCAUGCACAAGAGCAGAAGAUAAAACGUGAAAAUGAAAUUAUUUCCGGCUUUAGAGAAAUAUUGAAUGAAAAGUUCAAGAAGGAUGAAUAA